GUCACGCAGACCGGACGUAUGCGUGGAUGGGUGAACUACAGUACCCCGGCGCACCAAGCGUCGUUGAUGAUGAGAGGCAGUAUCGGGCACCAUUUAGACGGGCCCCACAAUACAGAUGGCCGGCACCCCAGCCACCUCAGCCGUCAGCGUUCGCGCCAUGGAGGAGGGCCCCAGCGCCCCCGAGGCCCCCAGAUUACAGACGCAGUGCAUCAUACCCAGGCAAACCAGAUGAGCCGUACCAGGAUCGAAGUGGACUAGACAAUAUGAGAUCACUAGAGCAUUAUCUAACGGAUAUUAUGAGGGCAGAUACCUCUGACCAUUUGAAAGUCAAGUCUCCUUUCUUCCCCGGGGUGGAAGAAGGUGGUGUUGCGAGCGGGGCCGGCGCUGGAUCGCCCUCUGGACCCGCAGACCAGACCCAGGAUGUGGUGUCGAGGCUCAGUGCUGCUGGAUUAUCAAUGUGUGUCAGUGCGCUCGGCUCGCCGGCGCGUUCGUCUCCAGUGUCUGCUGGAUCCGAGCACGGGGAGAGGUUCAGCCGGAAGGUGUUCGUCGGUGGACUCCCGCCUGACAUUGACGAGGAUGAGAUCACGUCGUCGUUCCGACGUUUCGGGCCGCUGGUCGUCGACUGGCCCCAUAAAGCCGAGAGCAAGAGUUAUUUUCCGCCCAAGGGAUACGCAUUUCUGCUGUUCCAAGACGAGAGUUCAGUAGCGGCGCUCAUGGAGGCCUGCAUCACAGAUGACGACAAGCUAUACCUGUGCGUGUCGUCGCCAACGAUCCGGGACAAGCCGGUGCAGAUCAGGCCCUGGAGGCUGGCCGACGCUGACUUCGUACUGGACGCGAGCAUGCCUUUGGAUCCGAGGAAGACUGUGUUCGUUGGUGGUGUUCCUCGUCCGCUGAAGGCUGUGGAGCUCGCUAUGAUCAUGGACCGGCUGUACGGCGGCGUCUGCUACGCUGGCAUCGAUACCGAUCCUGAGCUGAAGUAUCCAAAGGGAGCCGGUCGUGUAGCGUUCUCCAACCAGCAGUCGUACAUAGCGGCCAUCUCUGCUCGCUUCGUUCAGCUGCAGCACGGGGACAUUGACAAGCGAGUCGAGGUGAAGCCGUACGUGCUGGACGACCAGAUGUGCGACGAGUGCGCGGGCGCGCGGUGCGGCUCCAAGUUCGCGCCCUUCUUCUGCGCCAACGUCACCUGUCUGCAGUACUACUGCGAGCACUGCUGGGCCACCAUACACUCCAGGCCGGGCCGUGAGUUCCACAAGCCUCUGGUUAAGGAGGGAGCUGACCGCCCGCGGGCCGUGCCCUUCCGCUGGUGUUAGCUCGCGAGAUAGAGGGGAGGUGGGUGGCGGGAGUGUGGAUAGUGCCGGGGGAGGGUGAAGAAUGAUCUGAAACGAUUUAAAGGAAUAUUGGGGGGGGGGAGGAGCAAGUAAAUGUUGGAAGGAUUGAGAAGUGGCUCCAAGAUGUUUUUCGAUAUUGAUGUGAAGAAUUAAGCAAUAUUGGGAAUUAAAUAGGAAUUAGUUUGAAUUGAAUAGAAAUAGUGGGUAGUGUUUGUUGGUGAGUAGGAAAUUAUACAUCACAGCUUAUGUUAGGGGAUGGGAGUGGCGACGACGUGGAACGGACUGGUUGCGAAGAUAUUUGGAAUGGAUACCCCCUGGCACUGAAUACGAAACUUAAUAGAAAAAUUAGACCAUCUCCCCUAAAAGUUGAAUUGAAUUUUUGAGCAAAAUUUGAUUCGAAUCUAGCAACACUGGCUUUGGAUGCGAGAAGUAGAAAAAAAUGUUAGCGUUCUCGUCGAGACACUUAGAAUACAAUACUUGGUGCGUUUAUAUUCACGAUGCGACAUUUUGUGACAUUUUUGUUUUUUUAAUCGGUAUUUUGACAGUUCACUUUCUAGAAUAAUAAAAAUAAAAAUCCACGGCUUUUAGUACCUGCGUGAAAAUGUCGCGAAAUGUCGGCGUCGCUGUAUCGCCUCCGGAUAUGACGUAAAAAUAUCGAUUGUUGGAAAUUAAAUAAAAAAAAAUAAUAAUAAUAAAAGGCAACAUUAUCCAAUUAAUGUUAAGCGAAAUAUAUAGAAUUCAAGUACAAUUUGCUUGUUGGAUUUCUUGUUGGACGCGUUGAAAUUUGUAACUGUGUUGCCAGUUUUCUAAAACUCUACCACAAUGGUAGGUUUCGUGUGAUGAGAAAUUUAAUAAGGACUUCGAUUUAAGUAAAAUGUGUAUUCAAAAAAACUUAGCUAGUUGUCAGUUUGUCGUUUGUGGAUAAGCUCUGUAACGUCUUAGUGGCGCAUCUCGACAAAAUUGUCGCGGUACUGUCGCGGGGUUUUGUCGCGGGUGCGGACGCUCAUUUAUCGUAAGAUAUUAAUGUAAGACUUAAGUGGAUUCACAUUUUUUCGAAAAAAAAAAAAAAACAUAAUUGUACCUGUGUAGCUAGAGUGAAUUUCCCGUUUUCCCCACUUUUUUGUUUUUAUUUUUAUUAUUAUUUAACUUGGAUAUUGUUGCGAUAUAUAGAAUAUUCGAUUCAUUUAUCACGUCGUUUAUUAUUAAUUUAGAGUCAUCGAUCGUUCGAUUAUUGAUUUUGUUUUCGAACGAUUAUGUAACAAUCGUUGAGUAUCGAUUAUUGAAUCGUUCGAAUCGUGUUAAGCGAGUUUGGAGAGGAUUUUAUUGUAGCUUUGUUGCAGAUUUAUUUGAAGAUGGUUUUGUUCCUGAACUAGUGACGACUUUCCCGGGAGGCGGUAUAGACUGGGUUUUUUAGUACAAAGUUAAAAAAAAAAAUACGUUACCAAUCUUGGCUGUAGGCUCCUCGCGAGUUGAUUCUUAUAUUUUUUUAGUAUUAAAAAUAUAAUAUAUAUAUUUUUUGGAUCCGCCGGGGUAGUGCAAUAGUUGUUAGAGUAGUUACCUAUAAGAUUAUAUAUAACCAAAAGUCUAGUGUAAAUAAUUGUUCCAAUUAAUGAAAUAACAUCAAUUUGUCGUCUCGAUUAGUAUCGUCUAGUGACGGUGUUUGCGUAACGCGUUUCUAGCGAAAGUAUUGUGGGUGCGCACCGAACACAAUUGUGUUAAAGUUUGAUCGAUUUUGAAAUUGGUAAGGUUAUGUAAAAUUCGACGCUGAGUCAUUCGAUAUUUGGCGAGACAUGAGCGAUGAAGCUUGGGUAUGUACUUAAUUUUCCUUCGGAUACAGACGUCGUAUCCCGACCGACCACGGACUCUGAGACUGUAGUUAAAAGACUAGCGCGAAUUUUUUGAUGAGUUUAUUCAUGAUUUUUGUAGACGUUUUUUCGUGUCGUGUAUUUUUCGGUAGAUGUUGAGGCGAAGUGCCUUCGUGCGGCGCAUGGUUGAACGUACCCCUCCCGUGCUUGAUUUGAUAGCUUAAUUAUAAUUGCGAUCGUAUUGCCGAUCGAUCGAUCGAUCGUAUUUAUAUAUUUCCGACCGAUCUUUGACUCGGUUUGUUUUUGAUUCGUUAUCGUUUUGGUAUCGUGUGCGUUUUCAAUGUCCCCGAUUAAUCGAAGUAUAUUUUUUAAACCGCUUAGCCGUUCGCCUGUUACAACGGACGGUCUAAACUUUGUAAUUAAGUAGACAAAUUGUAAUUAAUAGAGCAUUUUAGUGGAAAUUAUUUGCCAUAGACAAGCGUCGCGACACUACUGGUUCCCAUGUAUAUUAUUAUUAUGACAUUCAACUAUAUAACACUAUUAUGUAGAGUAAUUAUAAUAUGUAUAUUUUUUUCUUAGGAUGAUACAUAUAUAUUUGAAGUGUGUUCUGGUGAGUGUCGCGAUGCGUUUUCAGAGUUUAAAAAUGCACACACGUGCGAAAGCUCUUAGUGUAAUGAUAAAUAAAUAAAAAUAGUUUCAGAAUAGCGUAUCGCGGUUUCCUCUUUAAUAUAUACUUAGAAGAAUUAGGUGAUUUUUGAUACACGCUAUGUACGCCCCGAGAUGUUUCUUCUCACUCUAUCUCUAUCUAUCUAUCUUUCUCUCUCUCACGGCACUCGAUAUCUGCUAUCCCUCUCAUGCUAAUAUACUUACAGUUUAGCCGUUCCGGUUGCAUUUUGUCAGUUUUCCGUUUCCUUUGUUUCGUGACAACACUUUCGUUUCGGUUCGCCGUUGGCUCGAUGUGUGUGCAUUUUCGAUUGUUAGGUUGAUUCCUUUUGUAUGAGAUUGCUCAAUAUUUUUUAAUGAAAAGUAUAAAGUUGUUUAAACGUGCCCCCUAGCCCUCCUUAGUGAAGAUUGGUACGGAAGCGUGGUUGUUGUGUGGUCGCACUGUCCCAUUUUGUAUUUUUGUAUUUUUAUAAAAAACGACUUAAUGUGAAAUUCGAAAGUGUUUUUUACUUUACGCGCAACGUAGAUAGUUAACCAGGUGGCCUACGUGACCUCUGAGGUUGUGGUACCUCAACGAAGGCGCCGGUGGGUUGUGCCUGGUUGCUAAAAUAAUUGGUGUUAGAAAAAUAAACCCAUUGGUUUUGUGUUGUCUGGGAUAUGUGGUCUGUUGCGAAUGGUUGUUUUUUGCACUGUACCUAAAAGCUUGUCGAAAAUGGCGCAGUCGCCAUAGUCUUAGGGCUUUUCUACGUUGUGAUGCCGGCGAGAUUCAAAGCAGAGCUUGCACUAUGUGGCCGAUAUUAUGCGUUUAUAUUAACUGAUCGCUAGAAAGAGUCGUGGCGUCUGAACGUAGCUUAGAUCGCGUGUAGAGAAGGUUUUAGAAGGAUUUGACAGUUGGAAGAAGUUUCGAUUUCUACCAAACUUUUCGAUUGAACUUAUUGUUGAUGGUUUUUGCUUGAAUAUGAUUUUAUUUUGUUUGCGGAUCGACCCGCGCUCGUUUUGACUGUCGUUUAAUUUGUACACUUGGAUUUGCUUAGUUUUAGUUUGGAGUAUAUGUAGUUUGAUGCCGCGGGUCGUUUUGAGUUUUAAAAGAGUUUUCAGUUCGUUAGUUUGUAGGUUGUUUAACUUGAUUUCUUGUUUAUGGUCGAUUGGGCCGUUUGUUCUUGUUGUAUGUUGUCUGUUUUUCUAUUGAUAGUAGCUAUUUCAAUGCUAAUUUUUCCGUUUUUUAGAUAGUAAUUUUAUUGCAUAUCACAUGAGGUUCGCCGUACGGGGGGCAUCGAGGUGUUUUGUCUUACAUUUUUGACACUAUUUUGAGAUCUUAGCUAACUUUGUAUAAUUGUUGUUGUUGACAAAUCGACGUUUCGUCCCCCUCGUCUCGCUCCGUGUGGUGUGUCCGAGCAGCGGCUCCGGCGUACUCGUGUACACGGCGGGCGCGGUCGACAAUGUCCCUUGAUGAUAAAUGAUGUUUUAUGCCGUCGGUACCGGACCGAGGUUAGUAAAUUUUUUUGUCAACGUACGCCCGAAGACGUACCUUGUAAAUUUCGUCGUAAUAUUAGAUAUUUUAGUGAAAUUAUAAAACAAUAUCGUGUGAUAGAUGAAUUACAGUAGAGCAAUUCAUUAUUAACUUAUCUAGUUGAUUAAUAUUAUAAUGACAGAUUUAGUACCUACUCCCUUCGCGUUACAGGUCGGUAUCGCUUGGACGAUACAUCCCGCACUGUCGUGUCGUUUGCGUCUCGAUGUAUUUUUUGUAUUUAGUCACGGUUUUUAUCAAGAUGUUCAUUACAGGCCGGGAUGGUGCAUAAAAUGAUAUUUUUUUAAUAAAUUUUUAUAAAUAAACCGACUCCUUAAAACGUGAAUCAUAGACAAAUUUUAUGCUAAUUUUCAGCCUAAUUUUAUAUUCGUAAAUAUAUUAAAUUUUAGUGAAAUGUUUGCAGUGAUGCCACGGUUUUACACGACUCGUUUCAACAAUUAAUUCUUCACUUCAAUGGAGAAUGUGUUUCAAACUAGUUAAUGAUAAGUUGUACCCAGACCUACGCCCAUCCAGUGAGUUGUCUUAAGGCACCCACUUGGGCUGUAUCGCCUGUGUGUAUCCGACAUUAUUAAAUGAGUAAUCUGAUAGUCGUCGGUACAGCGUAUUGUGCAACAUCGAGGUGUUACUGUAGUUAGGUUUCAAAGUGCUUUGUAUCGGGAGUCGGCUCACUAUAAUUUCAAAUUAGACUUAUAUAUUUUUAUAGACCGUUAUUUCUAUUGUUAUAUACCUACAAUCAAUUUUGUUGAUGAUGUCACGCUGUGAGUGGCUUUUCGUCUCCAUUAGUGAAAAUGAACUAGUUUCUUCGAAGAAAAUUUUAUGACGUUACGCCACGGUCGCACUACCGGUGUUGUGUUCGGAGAUGUGACCGUAGCGUAAUUUAAAUCAUCUCGUGUGUUGCACGAAAAGUCACAGUUGAAGCUUAGAUAAAUAAUUUUAAAAUGUAUCAGUCUAGGUGAAAAAUUGUUUUGCUAUGAUUAAUGAAUUUGUUCCACGUGUCUCGGUCCUCUCACUUUGCAGCUAUUAACUAUUUUUCGAAGCUUAGUUUGGAAUACGAAGUGAAAGGGCCGAACGGUUUCCUGUUAUCAUUCUCCACGUAUUUGUAUGACUUUUUUUUGUCUUUGAUAUUUUUGACGCGAGAUAAUUUGAGCUUUUUGUAAAUGAACGACCCGUUUGUUUGACAUGCGAUUUGAUUUUAGACUAUUGUGAAAAUAUUAAAAUGAAUUUGAAACUUU